CUUUGGCGGCGCGAGCCGCAACUGGCAGCGGCGGGCGAGCGCGAGGACCGCGCGGCGCGAGGCCCCGCGCGUGCGUGCAGUCUAUCGCUCGCGCGCUCUGGCGGGCGGGCUGAGCAGACGAGUCGAUCCCCCGCCGCAGCCGCCGCCGCCGGAGAAGCUUGUGCGUCCGCUCGGCGUCGCCUGAUUCCCGUAACCCCCCGCCUCCCUAUCCCCGGCCGGGCCAUGGCGGAACGUGGAGGGGCGGGCGGUGGUCCCGGAGGCGCCGGGGGCGGCAGUGGCCAGCGGGGCUCUGGGGUCGCCCAGUCUCCGCCGCAGCAGCCACCGCCGCAGCAGCUGCCGCAGCAGCCGACGCCCCCCAAGCUGGCCCAGGCCACCUCGUCGUCCUCGUCCACCUCGGCGGCGGCCGCCUCCUCCUCGUCCUCGUCCACCUCCACCUCCAUGGCCGUCGCGGUGGCCUCGGGCUCUGCGACUCCGGGCGGCCCGGGGCCAGGCCGCACCCCCGCCCCCGUGCAGAUGAACCUGUACGCCACCUGGGAGGUGGACCGGAGCUCGUCCAGCUGCGUGCCCAGGCUGUUCAGCUUGACCCUGAAGAAACUUGUCAUGCUAAAAGAAAUGGACAAAGACCUUAACUCAGUGGUCAUCGCUGUGAAGCUGCAGGGUUCAAAAAGGAUUCUUCGCUCCAACGAGAUCAUCCUUCCAGCCAGUGGAUUGGUGGAAACAGAGCUCCAGUUAACCUUCUCCCUCCAGUACCCUCAUUUCCUGAAGCGAGAUGCCAACAAGCUGCAGAUCAUGUUGCAGAGGAGAAAGCGUUACAAGAACCGGACCAUCCUGGGCUAUAAGACCCUGGCUGUGGGGCUCAUCAACAUGGCAGAGGUGAUGCAGCACCCGAACGAAGGCGCCCUGGUACUCGGCCUGCACAGCAACGUGAAGGAUGUCUCCGUGCCUGUGGCAGAAAUAAAGAUCUACUCCCUGUCCAGCCAGCCCAUUGACCAUGAAGGAAUCAAGUCCAAGCUGUCCGACCGUUCUCCUGACAUUGACAACUAUUCUGAGGAAGAGGAGGAGAGUUUCUCAUCAGAACAGGAAGGCAGUGAUGAUCCACUGCACGGGCAGGACCUGUUCUAUGAAGAUGAGGAUCUUCGGAAAGUAAAGAAGACCCGGAGGAAACUAACCUCAACGUCUGCCAUCACAAGGCAACCUAACAUCAAACAGAAGUUUGUGGCCCUCCUGAAGCGGUUUAAAGUUUCAGAUGAGGUGGGCUUUGGGCUGGAACACGUAUCCCGGGAACAGAUACGAGAAGUGGAAGAAGACUUGGACGAGCUGUAUGACAGUCUGGAGAUGUACAAUCCCAGCGACAGUGGUCCCGAGAUGGAGGAGACAGAGAGCAUCCUUAGCACGCCAAAGCCCAAGCUCAAGCCCUUCUUUGAGGGGAUGUCGCAGUCCAGCUCACAGACGGAGAUCGGCAGCCUCAACAGCAAGGGCAGCCUCGGCAAAGACACCACCAGCCCUAUGGAAUUGGCUGCUUUAGAAAAAGUCAAAUCUGCUUGGAUUAAAAAUCAAGAUGACAGCUUGACUGAAACAGACACUCUGGAAAUCACUGACCAGGACAUGUUUGGAGACGUGAGCGCAAGUCUGGUUGUGCCAGAGAAAGUCAAAACUCCGAUGAAGUCCAGUAAAACGGACCUCCAGGGCUCUGCCUCUCCCAGCAAAGUGGACGGGGUGCACACCCCCCGGCAGAAGAGGAGCACUCCCCUGAAGGAGCGGCAGCUCUCCAAGCCCCUGAGCGAGAGAACCAACAGCUCCGACAGCGAGCGGUCCCCAGACCUGGGCCACAGCACGCAGAUUCCAAGGAAGGUGGUAUAUGACCAACUGAAUCAGAUCCUGGUGUCGGAUGCCGCCCUCCCAGAAAACGUCAUCCUUGUGAACACCACUGAUUGGCAGGGCCAGUACGUGGCAGAGCUGCUCCAGGACCAGCGGAAGCCCGUCGUGUGCACGUGCUCCACGGUGGAGGUCCAGGCCGUGCUGUCUGCCCUGCUCACCCGUAUCCAGCGCUACUGCAACUGCAACUCCUCCAUGCCGAGGCCGGUGAAGGUGGCAGCGGUGGGCAGCCAGAGCUACCUGAGUUCCAUCCUCCGCUUCUUCGUCAAGUCGCUGGCCAGCAAGACCUCCGACUGGCUGGGCUACAUGCGCUUUCUCAUCAUUCCCCUCGGUUCUCACCCGGUGGCCAAGUACUUGGGCUCCGUCGACAGUAGGUAUAGCAGUACAUUCCUUGAUUCUGGCUGGAGAGAUCUGUUCAACCGCUCAGAGCCCCCGGUGUCAGAGCACCUGGACGUGGUCGGGCGGGUGAUGCAGUACAUCAGCGGCGCGGGCGUGACGCACCAGCUGCCCGUGGCGGAAGCCAUGCUGACCUGCAGGCACAAGUUCCCUGAUGAAGACUCGUAUCAGAAGUUUAUCCCCUUCAUUGGCGUGGUGAAGGUGGGUCUGGUCGAAGACUCUCCUUCCACUACAGGCGAUGGUGAUGACUCACCCGUGGUCAGCCUUACUGUGCCCUCCACGUCACCGCCCUCCAGCUCUGGCCUGAGCCGAGACGCCAUGGCCACCCCUCCUUCCUCCCCGUCCAUGAGCAGCGCCCUGGCCGUCGUGGGGAGCCCCAGCAGCCCGUACGGGGACGUGAUUGGCCUCCAGGUGGACUACUGGCUGGGCCACCCUGGGGAGCGGAGGAGGGAAGGUGACAAGAGGGACGCCAGCUCCAAGAACACCCUCAAGAGCGUCUUCCGCUCGGUGCAGGUUUCCCGCCUGCCCCACGGUGGGGAGGCCCAGCUUUCCGGCACCAUGGCCAUGACCGUGGUCACCAAAGAGAAGAACAAGAAAGUUCCCACCAUCUUCCUGAGCAAGAAGCCUCGAGAAAAGGAGGUGGAUUCUAAGAGCCAGGUCAUCGAAGGCAUCAGCCGUCUCAUCUGCUCUGCCAAGCAGCAGCAGACCAUGCUGAGAGUGUCUAUCGACGGAGUCGAGUGGAGUGACAUCAAGUUCUUCCAGCUGGCAGCCCAGUGGCCCACCCACGUCAAGCACUUUCCAGUGGGACUGUUCAGUGGCAGCAAGGCCACCUGAGGGCACCGUCUCCUGGCUACUCUCCCUCCUGGCACUGCCACCAGCCUCACCGCCUGCAGGCAGGGGGAGGCCAGCAGGCCCAGGCCCAGAGUCCCCUUUCCUGGCCCCGGGGCCUGCAUCUCCCUGGCCCGGUCCUGAAGGACACUGCCGCCGGGGACGCUGCUCCUCACCACCCCCCCCUCCCCCGGCCUUCUGGGUCCCAUCCCUGGGCAGCCCCCGCCCUCCCUCUCUCCUUUUCCUCCUCUCCCUCUGUUCCAGUCCCAAGGCACGUUGAUUUUGCGUUUUGGCGGCCAUCCCUGGUCCCUGGAACUGAGUCCUCCGGGCCUUCCUUCGCCUGACUUCCAACCUCUUUCUCCACGUGGCGCCAGUUCCCUUCCCGGAAACAGGAAACCCAGGGUCCUGGCCCACAGCAGGGGGUCCAGCCUCCCCCAUCUCCCCCAGGAUCUCGUUUUCUAAAGCUCAGCUGCCAGAUGCCACUCAGCCGGCCCCCCUCUAGUGGGGCCCAGAGCCAAGGCCACUUCCCACUGCUGUGGGGUGACGGGGCACGACCCCUCCUGCCCACUCACCCCAGGACAGCAUUCCUGCGGCCACGCAUGGGUUUCUGGGGUGGAGAGGGCUCCGUGGUCUCGCCCGUGCAAGGGUUCACCGUGUCCAGGUCCCCUGUAGGUGCCGCGCAUGUCCCUGAGCGGUUCUUUGGUUGUCCGCACAGCCAGUCUCUUGGUGGUUCCGUGUGACUCACACGGUCGCUGGUCCCUGUCCUUGGGUCUCCCCCUGUUGAUGGCUCUCCUCUCCAGCCUCCUCCCCCACGCCCCCAGCACACCUCCGCCUCUGCCUGCAACUCUGGACCCGGAGAGAUGGGAGGCAGCCCCAUCCAACGUGUCGUCUGUGGCCCCGGUCCCUUCGGCUCCCUGCUCCCCGUGUCCAUCCGUCUCCUUUCCCCAGUCUGUCCUCCCCUGCUCACCUGGACCCCUGGCCUGGGCAGGCCCCGUCCUCCUAGCCAAGCCUCCCUCUCUCCACGGCCUCGGGGGGCCUGAACCCCUCCUCAGCCCGCACCAUAGGUCUUGGCCUUCUGGGGAGACGCGGAGCGCGUGGGUGGAGCUCCAGCUGCAGCCCUCCCAGCCCGCCAGCGCCUCCGGAGCUUUGCCGUGGCCCUCUCACCCUUUCUAGAAGUUUUUGCACAGAACUUCAUUUUGAAAAGCGUUUUUCUCAUUCUCCAUACCUCCCCCAAACUCCUCCAGCCCUUCCCCCGGCUCAGCCCUGCUGUCCAGAGCGUUCCUGGGGCUGCGCUGCUCACUCAGCCGGAGAGAGGGGCGGGGUGGGAGGGACUAAGAGGAUGUUGGAUUUUUCAUUCAAUAAACU